AUGGUGCUCGGGCGGCUCCUCCUCGCCGCGUCGGGCGGCGGCGGCGAGGAGGGCGUGCACGUCCCGUUCACGUUCGAGGAGCUCGUCGCGUUCUGCGGUAUCCUCCUGAUAUUCUGGAUCGUCGGCAAGUGCGUCGAGAGGCUCGGCCUUCCAGCGUUGGUCGGCGAGAUCCUCGCGGGCAUCGCGGUGGGACCCCACGGCCUCAACAUCGCGCCCAAACCGGACGCGCUCAUGAUGGUUGGCGAAUUCGGCCUGGUGCUCAUGGUGCUCGAGGCGGGCGUCGAGGUGGACCUCGCCUCUCUGUCCCUGGUCGGCGCGCGAGGCGUUCAGGUGGCGUUCUUCGGCUCCCUCGUCCCGCUCGCCAUCGGCAGCGUCCUCAGCAAGCUCGUCUUCGACAUGAGCGCCAAGACGUGCCUCGCGGUGGGCGCGUCCCUGGCUCCCACGUCGAUGGGCAUCUCCCUGAAGGUUCUGCAGGACGGCGGCGUCCUCGGAACGCCGACGGGCCAGCUCAUCAUCGCCGCCGCCGUGAUGGACGACGUCAUCGCGCUCGUGCUCCUGUCCGAGCUCGAGGCGCUGAAGAACCCGACGCCCGUCAACUUCAUCGUGCCCAUCGUGUCGUCGCUCUGUUUCAUCGUGUUCGUCGGGUACCUCGCGACGAGGGUGGUGCCGGACGUGCUGGUCAAGCAGCUGGUGCCCCGCGUGCCCAAGAAACACCUAGAGGGGGUGCUCCUCGGCAUGGUGUUCGUCGUGGCGUACGGCAUGAUGGUCACCACGCACUAUGGCAGGAGCUCGCACCUCCUCGGCGCGUUCCUCGGCGGCCUCUGCUUCUGCUCGCUGUCGUCCAUGCAGACGGUGUGGCACCAGCAGGUUGAGAAGAUCCUCUCGUGGCUCAUACGCGUCUUCUUCGCGUGCACCAUCGGGUUCGAGGUGCCGAUCCGCGACCUGUGGACGGGCCCGGUGCUCGCCAGGGCGGCGGUGUUCAUGAUUGCGGCGUUCGGUAAGGUGGCGACCGGUCUGUUUGCCAGGCCGCUCACCGCCGUGGAGGCUUCCAAAAUAGGAUUCGCCAUGAGCGCGUGGGGAGAGUUCGCGUUCAUCGUCGCGACCGCCUCGCGGGAGGCUGGGACGCUCGGCCACCAGGAGUUCAGCGCUGUGAUAUUAUGCGUGCUGCUGUCCGCGGUGUACGCGCCGCUGUGCGUGAGCCAGGCGAUCAAAGCGGAGAAGCGCGGCGCCGGGCUCGGCAAGGAUGGCAAACGGUCCCUCGCGCUGGUCAACUCGGGCAAGCGGCAGUGGUGGUGCUGCGGGCCCAAAGUGAUGCGCCGGGAGAUCUCGUUCACCACAGCCGCGAUGCCCGACGGGAACAAGAGGGCCAUCUACAGGGUGUACUACGUGUGCGCCAUCGAGUGUCCGAGCCGGUGGGGUCUCAACGACGCGGUGCUUCGCGCGGUGUAUAACCCGCUGGUGGAUCUCGACGUCCUCGACGUGUCCCUGGAAUCCAGGGGGAACGACGUGAUGGCGUGCGAGCUCUUCCUGAAGGAUCCCAUGUUACAGGCGCCCCUCGACGCGGAGAUCGAGUGCGAGGAGAACGCCGCCGUCAACGCCAAGAUCGUCAAGAUCAAAGAGGCGCUGGAGAAGCUCGUGCUGCACAGGGCGCCGCCGCGAGACGGGGAGAAGGUGGGCGAGUACGAGGGAGAGGUGCUGCUCGCCCGCUGGGUUCCGGACAUCCAGGAGCCGGCGCCGGAGUCGGAGGCGUCCAGCACGGUGGGUGGCGACACGUGGCGCAACGGCGCCGAAAACGGCGGGUUCGACGAGUCCUUCGUGCUCAAACAGGCGCAUACUCUGUUGUACGGUCGCGAGGAGGACGUGGACGUCGAACUAGGGGCGGAGCUGGGCCCCGAGCUCGUCAACGGUGCCGCCGAAAACGGCGGCGAUUCGGGCGCGAGCUCGGGGCCCAGCUCCGCGGCCGCGUCGCCGAGGCCGAGCGCGACGAUCGUUCGGCGCCGACGCCCGCCCGCGAGGCGAGCCAUCGACGCCCUCCGCGCGCACAAGAACCGACCGUUUUACCGAACCGCUUCGCUCGCCAAUUUACUCAACGCGGGCGAGACGGGUAUGCUCCAGGACGACAGGGACGAGGAACUCCACGCGAGGAUCGUCGAGGCGAGGAUGGAGACGGGCGAGGCGAGGGCGAUGGCGUCGGCGAGGUCGGGCGGCCACGGCAUGGGCGCGGUCAAGCGAACGACGUCUGUGCAGCAGCACGCCGCCGCCGCCGCCGCCGACGCCGCCGGUCGGCGCGUCAGCGCCGGCGAGUGGUCGCUGCUGGAGCGCAUCAACGAGGACCAUCACCCCGAACGCGAUCGCCACGUCGUGCUCCGCCGGUCCAUCGACGGCGAUGACGGCUCGCUGAUACUCGGAAGCGAGGGGUACCCGUCGGCGAACACGACCAUGACGGCGGACGUCGCGAGAGGUCUCGCCGCCGAGAUUGCGCUUCAGGACGUGAUGCUCUCGUCGCAGACGCUCUCCGGCGCGGGGGGCCGCGCGCUGGCCACCGAGCUCCGUCACGCCAUCGCGGCGCGAUCGCCGCCUCGAUCGCCCGAACGCAGGGUGUCCAUGGGCGACCGACACAUUCGUUUCAACGCCGACGUGUCCCCGUCGCGGAGAGAAGGCGGCGGAGGGGCGCACAGCGACGGGAGCGACGGGAUCGGUUCGCCGGUGACAAGCCUCACGGGCGCGCACGCUCGCCAGCUGGCGGCGCAGCUGAAGGAGCAGCUGCGGGCGGCGGAGGCGAUGGACCCGGCGGAGAGGUCGGCGGCGUUGGCGAGGAGCGCGUCGUCGCCGCCGAGGAGCCCGCCGAGGCGGAGGUGA